ACAGGGCGUUUCCGAUUGGAAUCGGAAGUAAGCUCAACAUACAGAACUAGUUCUGGCCACUGGUACGAUAUGAUGGUUCCGUUUCGACGUAAGAAAACGAACAAACAGUUUCCAGUGAAAGUGUGCACAUUUGAUUCGGAACUCGAAUUUCACCUUGAGCAUCGAGCAACAGGUAGAUACUUGUUCGAGCUGAUAUGCAGAACAAUCGGUCUUCGAGAAACAUGGUACUUUGGGUUGCAGUUCGAAGAUUCCAAAGGGAAUUUGUCAUGGCUAAAGAUGGAUAAGAAAGUGCAGGAUCAGAGCGUACAUAUGACAAAUGGGAGCUGUAUGUUUAUAUUCUUGGCCAAGUUUUUUCCGGAAAACGUGGCCGAAGAGCUGGUACAGGAAGUUACGCAGCAUUUGUUUUUCCUGCAAAUCAAACAAGCCAUUCUGUCGAUGGACGUGUACUGCCCUCCGGAAGCAUCCGUAUUGCUUGCCUCUUACGCAGUACAGGCCAAGUACGGCGAUUAUGACGAAGCCGUGUGCAAACCGGGAAUGCUUAUCAGUGAAAAUCUGCUGCCGCAACGUGUUAUUGAUCAGUACCAAAUGACACCUCAGAUGUGGGAAGAACGUAUCAAAACGUGGUACGCAGAUCAUCGAGGCAUGUCCAGGGAUGAGGCAGAAAUGGAAUAUCUGAAGAUAGCCCAGGAUCUGGACAUGUUCGGUGUGAAUUAUUUUCCUAUUACGAAUAAGAAAAACACGGAGGUUUGGUUGGGUGUAACGGCGUUAGGAUUGAACAUAUACAACAAGGAAAACAAGCUGCUACCCGUGACGACCUUCCAAUGGAAUGAGAUUCUACACAUCAGUUUCGAUGAUAGAAAGUUUGUGGUUAAAACGAAUGAUAGCAAAAAUCCCAAGCCUGUGAUAUUCUACUCGCAGAAACUUCGUAUCAAUAAGCUGAUACUUGAUUUGUGCGUGGGAAACCAUGAUCUUUACAUGAAACGCCGUAAGCCUGAUACGAUGGAAAUUCAGCAAAUGAAAGCUCAGGCAAAGGAAGAAAAGCAACGGCGGCAAGUCGAGCGGAAUAAGCUAACACGCGAAAAGCAACUGCGCGAGGCGGCAGAACGAGAAAAAGCAGCAAUGGAACAGAAACUAAUGCAGCUACAGGAGGAAAUGCGAGCGGCCAAUGAAGCUUUGCACCGAAGUGAGGAAGCAGCAGAAUUGUUGGCGGAAAAAAAUCGACUUGCUGAGGAGGAGGCAAUGCUACUAUCGCACAAAGCGCAAGAGGUAGAACAAGAAAUCAAUCGAAUGCGUAUGACAGCACGCAAAACUGAAGAGGAAAAGAUGUACCUGGAACGAAAGACACAAGAGGCGGAAUUGCUCACUGCUCGUAUGAUGGAGGAAUCUCGCAAGAGAGCAUUAGAGGCCGAUAAGCUCAAAAACGAGCUCAUUCACGCACGGGUGGCAGAGAAGGAAGCGAAGGAAAAGUUGUUAAAUUUUCUGAGCAGAACAUCUACCGAAUCGAUACUCAUAACUCCUUCCUCAUCUCCGGAAUCUCCGAUGCAUGAAAUGCAUUCCUACGAUCUCUUGGCUGAUGGUGACAUGGAGCAACUUUCGUUAGAAAUCGAAAAAGAACGGGUUGAAUACUUGGCCAAAUCGAAACAAGUACAGAAUCAGCUGAAGGAACUGCGCUCCGAAAUAGAACAACUAAAGAUCGGUGAGAAUCAAUGUCCACUGGAUGAUAUCAAUGCCGAGCAGUUGCGGCUAGGUGAGACAAAAUAUUCCACCCUGAAAAAGGUUAAGUCCGGUUCAACAAAAGCACGAGUAGCAUUUUUUGAAGAACUGUAA